AAGGCAAGGCUGUGAUUAGCUUUGCGAUUAGCGACGAAUGCUAAUCAGACACUGGAGUUCUCAAGUGAAAGGAAAUCACAGGAUCGCUGUGCAGCGUAAUCAGGCAGCGAGUUCCACUAUCCUCGGACCCCACGUGCGAUGCGGCCCUUCAUGUGGGGCUCAGCGAGAAGCGCUGCUUCACAUCUCCUGAGAUAGGGUAUCGGAAACCCUGCCCAUCCCACGCUCUGCUUGUGUACAGGUUGUAAUUCUCUGGCCUAAAUGUAUAGGCCUCUAUCCUGCGUGAUGUGGUUGCGUUGUCCGGCUCAGUGGGUUAGGAUGCCGUGCCAAUCAUCAGUAGGUUGUAGUUUCAAACCCCAGAGUCGGCACGGUGAUUUCCUCACUGGCCACUUGAACAAGGCCCUCAACCCAGGGACUGUCUGACUCUACUUUCUCAAUCUUACGUCACUUUGGAUGAAAAUGUCUGCUAAGUGAAUCUGAUGUAAUGUCCACGCGGCAGAUGGCCAGUCUCCGGGCGGAGAAGACCUUCCCCCUGUGUGACGCGGAGAGCCCCGAAGAUCAGAUCAAACCUAUGCUGGACUGGGCUUAUGGGGGCUUUCUGCCCAAAGGCUCAGAGGGUCUGAAGCCCAUGGAGAACUCCGACAGCGGCUCGCUGAACCAGCAGGUCUUGGAUGUUGCUCUGACUGAGUGCUUCCCGGCAGCCAAGAGGCCGAGGCUGGGCCUGUGCAAAGCCAAGCAGGGCACGGAGGACGUGUACAGCCGAGAACAAAUGUUUCAUGAAGUUUUAAAGAAUCACAGAAGUAUCGAAGAAUUUUGUCUCUCAUGUGGGAAGACAAGGGUAGCAACGUUUCAUCCGCUAUUUGAAGGAGGCCUGUGUCAAACAUGCAAGGAUGUCUACCUGGAGAUGUGCUACAUGUAUGAUGAUGACGGAUACCAGUCCUACUGCACCGUGUGCUGCGGGGGCAGGGAGGUGCUGCUGUGCGGGAAUGCCAACUGCUGCAGGUGUUUCUGCGUCGACUGCCUGGACAUCCUGGUGGGUGCGGGGGCAUCAGAGAGUGCCCGUGCGCUGGACCCCUGGUGCUGCUACAUGUGCCAGCCCCCAGCGCGCUACGGCAUCCUCAAGCGACGCCAUGACUGGAACAUCAAGCUCCAGGAGUUUUUUGUGAAUGACAACGGGCAGGAGUUUGAAAACCCCAAGAUCUACCCGGCAGUACCAGCGGAUCAGAGGCGCCCCAUCCGGGUUCUCUCGCUGUUCGACGGAAUCGCCACAGGGUACCUGGUGCUGCGGGACCUGGGCUUCAAGGUGGGCCAGUACGUGGCAUCAGAGGUGUGCGAGGACUCCAUCUCGGUGGGCGUGGUGCGGCACGAAGGGAAGAUCCAGUACGUGCACGACGUGAGGAACAUCACCAGGAAGGAUAUCUCAGAGUGGGGACCCUUUGACCUGGUAAUCGGCGGCAGCCCCUGUAACGAUCUCUCCAUCGUCAACCCUGCCAGGAAGGGCCUGUAUGAAGGCACCGGACGGCUCUUCUUCGAAUUCUACCGGCUGCUGAGCGAGGCCAAGCCGAAGGAGGGAGAGGACCGGCCCUUCUUCUGGAUGUUUGAGAAUGUGGUGGCCAUGGGGGUGAACGACAAGAGGGACAUCUCACGCUUCCUUGAGUGCAAUCCAGUGAUGAUCGACGCCAUCGAGGUGUCCGCAGCCCACCGCGCCCGCUACUUCUGGGGGAAUCUUCCAGGGAUGAACAGACCACUUUGUGCAUCAGGGAUGGACAAACUGGAACUUCAGGACUGUCUGGAACACGGUCGCGUGGCAAAGUUUGGAAAGGUGCGAACCAUCACCACCCGCUCCAACUCCAUUAAGCAGGGAAAAGACCAACAUUUCCCCGUCAUCAUGAACGGGAAGGAGGACAUCUUGUGGUGCACGGAGUUGGAAAGAAUAUUCGGGUUUCCUGUGCACUACACUGACGUGUCCAACAUGGGCCGCGGGGCCAGGCAGAAACUGCUGGGCCGCUCCUGGAGCGUCCCGGUCAUCAGGCACCUGUUCGCCCCUCUCAAGGACUACUUUGCCUGCGAAUAGGGGCUGAGCCCCCACCCGGAGCAAGGCAGCCUCCUUCUGCGAAAGCGAUCCGUACCACGCCGGUGCUGUCCUCCUGCAGCCAGUUACAGGGUCAUAUUCCGCCAGUCGUUUAUGAUCUCGACGUUCCGCUUGGAACGCCAGGAUGCAGAGUUGUUCCCAACUGUUGUUUACUGUACACACACUUUACCUGUAUGGGCUGGACUCCAUGCUCUGACAAGUACCUCAGCAUCACACCCUGCAACAGUUUUUUAAUAUUUAAAAUACUUUUUUUAAAAAGGUGAAUUUCUGGUCAAAAUUUCAUAUUUGUGGUUCUAAUAUAAAAGAAAAAAUAAUUUCCUUAAAAUACAUGAUGCAAAAGUUAUAAAUGGUUUAACAGAUGUUCCGGAGAUGGUAUAAAAAUACUUGACUAAAAGGUGAAUUUGUCAUAAAAAUUUUGCAUUGAUUGUUUUAAUAACAAAGAAAACAGUAUAAUUCAUAGAUUUAUUUAAGCAUAAUACAAAACUUAUAGUUUAUUAAUGUUAUUCCAGAAAUGAUGUUUUAAACUCCCAGUUUUCAUUGUUUCUUUUUUUGUUCAGAAAACGUUUUUGAAGUGCGCAAAGUAAAAACACCACAUUACUUUUGGCCAUAACAUUUGAACUUAUGGUUGGAGUGAUUCGUGUGAACAAAUGAUUUAAAGAUGAAAACAUACGGAAGUUAAUGAGCUGUAUUGUUUACUGGCCAAUAAAAUCCCACGCUUGUGCUUACAUCAGUUUUAUAAUGAAAAAAGAUCACUAGUCAAUGUAUUUUUAGAAUCACAUAUUUGUUGUUUGUCUAAAAAACAUGUUUACAGUAUCAAGGAAUAUUUGGGCAUAUUAAAAUACAUCAACUUAUUAACAUAUUAUGAACUGUUUUUAUAUUUUCUAUACAAAUGGAAUCAGAGGUGGC